GAGCCGCGCCGCAGCCCGGAGCCGAGCCGGGCCGAGUCGAGCCGGGGAGCCCGCGGCAGCGCGCGCCGGGCGGGCGGCGAGGCGGGCCCGGCGGGCGGCGGCGCCGGGGGAGGCCGGGGGCCCGCUCGCGCGCGCGGCCGCAUCCCCGCCGCUCCCGCCGGGUUACCCCGAGCCGCGCGCUGCCGCCGGCCCCCGCUUCGCGCGCUGCUCCAGCCGCAUGGGAAGUUGGGGACAUGGACGGGGUCGUGCUGGCGUGGACCGCCGUCUUCUGGCUAACAGCCAUGGCUGACGGCCUUCAAGUCACGGUGCUCGACAAGAAGAAGGUGGCCAUGCUCUUUCAGCCCACCGUGCUCCGCUGCCACUUCUCCACGUCCUCCAGGCAGCCUGCCGUCGUGCAGUGGAAGUUCAAAUCCUACUGCCAGGAUCGCAUGGGGGAGUCCUUGGGCAUGUCCUCUCCCCGGGCCCAGUCUCUCAGCAAAAGAAACCUGGAAUGGGACCCCUACUUGGAUUGCUUAGACAGCAGGAGGACUGUCCGCGUGGUAGCUUCAAAACAGGGCUCGACCGUCACCCUGGGAGAUUUCUACAGGGGCAGAGAGAUCACGAUCGUGCAUGAUGCAGAUCUUCAAAUUGGAAAACUCAUGUGGGGAGACAGCGGACUCUAUUACUGUAUCAUCACCACCCCUGAUGACCUGGAGGGCAAAAAUGAGGACUUGGCGGAGCUGCUGGUGUUGGGCAGGACAGGGCUGCUUGCUGACCUCUUGCCCAGUUUUGCUGUGGAAAUUAUGCCAGAGUGGGUGUUCGUCGGCCUGGUGAUCCUGGGAGUCUUCCUCUUCUUCGUGCUGGUGGGGAUCUGCUGGUGCCAGUGCUGCCCGCACAGCUGCUGCUGCUACAUCCGCUGCCCGUGUUGUCCGGAGUCCUGCUGCUGCCCGCAGGCCUUGUAUGAAGCAGGGAAAGCAGCAAAGGCCGGGUACCCUCCCUCUGUCGCCGGUGUCCCCGGCCCUUACUCCAUCCCCUCUGUCCCCCUGGGAGGAACCCCCCCAACCGGCAUGCUGAUGGACAAGCCGCACCCGCCCCCCCUGGCACCAAGUGACUCCACGGGAGGCAGCCACAGUGUUCGCAAAGGUUACCGGAUUCAGGCUGACAAAGAGAGAGACUCCAUGAAGGUCCUGUACUACGUCGAGAAGGAGCUGGCUCAGUUUGAUCCAGCCAGAAGGAUGAGAGGCAGAUAUAACAACACCAUCUCCGAGCUCAGCUCCCUGCAUGAGGACGACAGCAGUUUCCGCCAGGCCUACCACCAGAUGAGAAGCAAGCAGUUCCCUGUGUCCGGGGACUUGGAGAGCAAUCCUGACUACUGGUCCGGGGUCGUGGGAGGCAGCACCGGGGCCAGCCGGGGGCCCUCGGCCAUGGAGUAUAACAAGGAGGAUCGGGAGAGCUUCAGCCAGCAGCGCUCCAAGUCCGAGAUGCUGUCGCGGAAGAACUUCGCCGCCGGCGUCCCCGCCGUGUCCAUGGACGAGCUGGCCGCCUUCGCCGACUCGUACGCCGCGCGCUCCCGCCGGGCCGACGGAGACAGCCACGAGGCGCGGGGCGGCGGCCGCUUCGAGCGCUCGGAGGCGCGCGCGCUGGGCGGCUUCUACCCCGACGGCUCGCCCGACGAGUACUACGGGCCGCGCGGCCGCAGCCGGGAGCCCCUGGGCGACGCGGGCCGCGCCUGGGCGCCCAGCCCCCCGCGCCGGCGGCCGGACGACGCGCCGCUGCCGCGCCUGGUGAGCCGCACGCCGGGCACCGCGCCCAAGUACGAGCACGGGCCGCGCGCGGGGGCGCUGGAGCGCCAGGCGCGGCCCGAGGGCGCCAGCCGCGGCGGCAGCCUGGAGACGCCGUCCCGGCUGAGCGCGCAGCUCGGCCGCCGCAGCGCCUCCUACUACGCCUGGUCGCCGCCCUCCACCUACAAGGCGGCCGCGCCGCAGGACGACGACGACGACGACGACGACGACGACUCCGCCGACGACCCGCUGCCGCCCUACAGCGAGCGCGAGCUGAGCCGCGGCCCGUCCUAUCGCGGCCGCGACCUGCCCUACCACAGCAACUCGGAGAAGAAGCGCAAGAAGGAGCCCGCCAAGAAGACGAGUGACUUUCCAACCAGGAUGUCCCUUGUGGUCUGAUGUUUGUUUUGAAGACACUUCUCUGGCUGACUGGAAAUCAGAAGCAGCCCACGGGGACAAGACACAAACCUAAGAGCCAGCAGGCCCGGGACCUUCUCUGGCCACCACCUCGGAAGAUUUGCUGAUCUUUGCUUUGCCAAGGGGGGGGCAGCCUUUAAGGAAGGCUGAUUCCAAACCUCAGCAUACAUCCAGCUAGUAUGCGAAACUCAAGAAGAUGACUAUGUGUGAGAACAUUCCCACACAUGGGGUGUCUUACCCACUGAGUUCAUCCUGCCUGAUGUUCUUCCGUAGCUGAACCAGGAUUCCUUUUCCAAUUCUGAAAGGGAGUUAGCUCUGGACUGCUGAUCUCUAGAAACUGCCUCGUCCUCCAGUAUGUUCUUCUAUGCCUCCUGUGCUGUGCUUAGAGACAGAAAAACAUUACUACUAUUAGAAGAAGGUCUUGUACUGACAACAGAAGAUAGCUUUAGGCAAAAUAUACCUUUUAUCCCCAUCUCCUGCCGGUCAUGAGGCAAUGACUAUUGUUACACUAAAAUCAGAGGGCCCUUGGUGAGCUCAGUGACAGUGACCUGCAGGACAAUCACAGAAAUGACUUCAAUUUGCUGUUUUGAAUGACAGCUCUUGAGUGGCUAGAUCAAGACAAAAGAGAGUAUCCCUUUUUGAAAAGCGGUGUAAGUGCUAUUUCUUUUUCCAUUCUGAGAACUUAAACUGCUUUUUCUCUUUCCGCUGUGCACAGCGACAUCCGAGUCUCGGACGUUAAGGGCUCUCCUCGUCCGCCCUUCCCCUGGACUUUCCACCCGUUGGUGCCACCCACAGAGCCCCACUUCCCUCUGCACUCUGAUUAAAUUGUCAUCAGGUGCCUUUCGAAAAAUGCUUAAAAUACACACAUGAAAGAGAGGAGGAAGGAAAAAAAAAAAGGAGAAAGCAGUUAUG